CGGAAAAGCGUUUCCUUGCGCACAAUAAGGAACUUUCUCAGCGUUUGCAGUGGAGUUUGUUGUUCACUUUUUAUACAUAUGUAUUCGCGAUGAACUUUAUUUAGUCGAUUUACAACUAUUGGUUAAGUUUGAUAAUGGAUAAAGAGAGACGUCAUAAAAGAGUGGAAUCCCCGGUGCGGGACUCAAAACCGAAAUUCAAACAAGAGAAACUCAGCCCUGCUAGGCCCCAGAGAUCACGCCGCUCGAGUUCGGGGUCCAACGGCAGCCCAAGCCCACCGCCGCAGAGAAAACGAACGAGCAGAUCGCCACCCAGGGCGAAAGGUCAUUCGCCAGGUAGAAGGGCGUUGGGAAGACGAGACAGAUCGCCCAAAAACACCGGCAGGAGCCGAAGCCCUCCCCGCGGUGCCGAUGUGAAAAUAAAGCGGGAGCAGGGUGACCACCACGGUGCUGACCGAGGUGCCGAUGACCAUAGAAGGCGCGACCGCAACGACAAGUCAGAGCCCUCGGAGCCACCAGUGCGGCGAAGUAGGUGGGAGCAGGCUGACGGACCCAGAGAGUCUGACAGACCCAGGGAGAGAAAACGAGGAGAGAGAGAGCGGGGUGGAGGUGGAGACCGGCCCAGAGAGCGAGAAUCCCGCUCCUUCCAGGAGCAGCAUGCAGAGAGACAGCAGCACGACAAUCAACGACGGGACAACCGGCACCGGUUUGAGGAGAACGAUGACGGGGGACAACCUUUCGGACAAGGUACCCAAGAGGGUGGCGAGGGCAAAGACAGCCCCCCAGUCGAUAAAGAGAAGCCCAACUUUGAACUGUCCGGUGCACUCACAGAAGAUACCAACACGUUCAGGGGGGAAGUGAUCAAGUACAACGAGCCCCCCGAGGCUCGCAUCCCCAAGCGCAGAUGGCGACUGUACCCCUUCAAGAACGAUGAGCAGCUCCCGGUCAUGUACGUCCACAGGCAGAGUGCAUACCUGAUGGGGCGGCAGAGGAAGAUUGCUGAUAUUCCCAUCGACCACCCAUCCUGCUCCAAACAGCACGCUGUGUUCCAGUAUAGGCUGGUGGAGUUCACGCGUUCGGAUGGAACUGGCGGGCGGCGGGUGAAGCCCUACAUCAUUGACCUAGGUUCGGGCAAUGGCACCUACCUGAACAACCAGCGCAUCGAGGCGCAGCGGUACUACGAGCUCAAGGAGAAGGACGUGCUCAAGUUUGGCUUCAGUAGCCGAGAGUACGUCCUGCUACAUGAGUUCUCCGACACAGCCGAGGUGGACGCCAGGGCGGAGGAAGAUGACGAGGGCCUGGACGCGUGAAUGCAAGACCUCUGAGCCUUUUCGAAAUAGUUGCGACAUGCGCGCUUCCGUCCUACUUUCCUUUUUGAAGUAAUUACAGAGCUUAAUUGGUUGGAUUGUUGAAAAUAGUAGGGUUUUGCUUAGUAAAUAUGUGCUUACCUCAGGGGAAACAAGGAAGGAAAUGUGCGUUCUUUCAACUAUUCUGACAGGGCCACGAAUUUUCCAGUCAAGUGUAUUGUUGGAAAAUAAUGUUCACUGAUGCCUACCACCUGUUGGCCAUCUCCUUAACACGGAUGGAACAAUGAACUGCAUAGAUGGUGUGUUGGGUUAAGCAGCUUUCAGGGUUAACGGAACAAAUAAAAAGAGGGGUAGGAGAAUUCUGUGGUCUCUUUGUCGGUCAUAAAACCUGCUUUAACCUGCAGUAACAGGUCUCAGUACUCUAUUCUCAGGACAUUAGCUUAAGAUCAGUAGUGUGGUUGAUUUCCCCCCCCCACCCUUAUAUCUGACUGCUUACGUUCAACACAAGUGCUCAAUGCCAGAAAGAAGUUACUUUACGAAAAAUUAUUUUGUUAUUAUAUUUUUGGAAUAGAACAUUGAAUACAAAUUAGUAUAUUGCUGAAGGCUAGCCUAUGUCCAGACCUUAACUGUAAAUACACUGGAUGUAUUGAAUGUGAACGCUGGAUUCAUCAUAUAGUGUACAGUAUUUGGGUUUGAGCGUUGCAACAAGGAGUGAAGAAAGCAUACGCGUGUAUGUCUCUGCUUUAAAUGUGUGCUACUUGUGAUGUAGGAAAAAAUGUGUGUGUCGCAGUGUAUUCUCGUUUACCCAUUCUUUACUACCGAAUUGACUGUAGGCUAUGGAGGUUUCUGGAGAAAGAUCGUACAGCAUGACUAUUCCCACUACAAAGACAAUUUUGUUUUUUACUUUUUUGAACCCCAUUGUAGUUCAAUUUUAGAUGUUUUGUAUUGUACAUAAAGGUUGUGAAAGAC